AUGUCAGCUCAAAAUUGCAAACCACCUGAACCGCCUCCGUUUCUUGGCGGUCUUGGAAGAGAGAUAUGUUUGUAUCGCUAUGACGGCAGCCUGUCAUUGGUAAGAGAUCUCAAAGCCGGUGAGACCCUGGUGGCAAAAGAUGGCUCCCCUGUGGAAAUCAAAGAGAUCCUACUCAGUGAAGAAGAUAUUGUGAACAUCAUUCAGGUAUCGAAACAUUGGGCUCAUAAGAAAGAUCCAACUCGCUUGCCACCCUACAACUUGAUGAACUUCUGCUGCGCAAAACGUCAAUUGCUGUUUUUCUAUACAAGCCAGCUGAAACGAAAUGUUCACAGGCAGAAGACUCAAAGAGUCAUUACGAUCAAUCAAUUCUUGCAAAAAAUCACCAGUGAUGGCAGGAGAAUCGACCUUGUCCAGGCCAAAGCUAAGCAUUUUGAUUUGUUUGGAAGCGAAGAUGAAAUUUAUUAAUAUGUCACAGAGGCUACGAAACCGUAUCCUGACUCCCUAAUUGAAUGGGAAUGUGAAGCCAACGAUGUGGCAAAUUUAAUACAGGAGGUCCGAAAUGCAACGAGCCUAGCGCUUUCCCCAUUGCUAUUCCAGGUACCAAUCCUCUUUCCAUUUCUGAGAAAAGAAUUUAAUCGUGAGAUUUCCCCUAAAGAUUUGGAAGGCAUGUCGUGGUUAUUGGGAUUAUGGGUUUGGGAUGGAAGUCGCAGAGGGCCGAUCUUUGCACUUCAUAGCGAAGAUCAUGAUGUCAAUGCUCGUUUAAAGAGAAAUGCUAAGCUCUGGGAUAUGCAUUUGCGGGCCCGGCAUGGGGUUACAAAGCCAAUGGCUAUUUGCACUCUUACGACAAUGGCACGCGCCAUUUGUAUCAUAACAAUCCGCUUUCACGCGUUCUGGCGGGUCUGAAAUUCUGGAAGGAUGGCAAUAGAAAUGCAGUUAAGGACGUCCCAACAUGGUUGAAUACAGAACAGAUUAUUGUGCGUCAAGGCUUUCUUGCCGGUUUGAUCGAUUCUGAUGGAUGUGCUCGAAUUCAAGAUAGUAUUCCUAAGAUCAAAAUCGUAAAUAUUAUCCCCGCAGUCCGUGAUUCUGUUGUAGCAAUUGGCAGGUCAUUAAGAUUGAAUGUCACAGUUCAUUUCCGCCAUGAACGCAUGAACGUUGCCGGAUACCACGAGAGCGGUGCUUGGACUAUGAACUUGUUCCCAGGUUCAAAUCCUGAAAUGCUAAGAUCUCUACUUCAAAAAUGUUCCUGCGAUAGAAAGAGAAACCCACCAGUUCAGCGUUCCAAAAAAACGAAGAAGAGGACGAUGAAGACAUCGAGGACUGUGUGGACAUUGAAGAUGACAAGAACGAUCUUCGUGAUCAGAUAACCGAUGCUAGAAGGCGCUUCUUGGCAGAAACAGAAAAUGCAAUAUUCUCGGGUGCCAAUCUCGAAAUUACAGAGGAAACGGAUGAUACCAUCGAGAUCACCGAGGAUGUGGAGAUUACUGCGUUUCAUGACCGGUCAAAUCCUUAUUUCGACAACGAUCAGGGCGUUGAACACGAGGAAUUGAAAUUAAAACACCCCAGGAUGAGGUUCGAAGUGAAGGCAGCUGGCAAACAGGAAGUUUAUGGCAUCAUUUGCUCUCGAGAUGCACUGCUAGUCACGGAUCAACACCUAUUGGUUAAAAGCUCUCAAUACAUGACUCCUGCAACGACGUCCAACCCUAACUAUGUAAGAGAAUGUUUUUCUUGUGGUGCCCGGACCACGUCAGCUUGGCAUCCCAUACCCUGGGAAUACCGACUACCUUACAAAUUGUGUCAAUCGUGCAAAAAGUCCUAUACUCGUACAGGUACCAGGUGCACCAAUGCCGAUUGUAAUUUGGUCGUCACGCCCAAAAACCUCUCGGAUUGCAGAAGAAAUCAUCAACGCAUGCUCAAUGGUACAUUGCCCGAUAACACAUAUGUCCGUGGAUACCCAUGUCGCAAAUGCAAAACAGUUACCGCCGGAUUUGCAGAAUCAAGGAGGUGUUAA